CGUUCCUCGACUUGCAAAAUUUUACCCAACCUUCCUCUGUCCACUGAAUAUACAUAUACUCCUCACAUCACAACAAUCCUACCAUAAUCUGAUUAUGCCUCGUAAGCGCGCUAGUUCGGGUUUUGAGCCACAAUCCGGUCAAUCUAAGAACCCUAAGACCAGCAACGACGCGUCGCCACAACCAAAGCCACGUAGCAAUCGCUGGUCAGCGGCUUGCGUCUCUGCCAACCUUGAUGCUGACUAUUCUGGGUUCGUGAAAAAAGACUAUGAUUACGCAUUCUCGUACGUCUCUUUUUGUUCACCCGAUGAUGAAGACGAAGAAGACGAGCGAUCAGAUGUAGACUCGGAUGCAGAUGGAGAGCCGGCAGAAGCCACCAAGUCUAAAGUCCGCUGCGACGGUGGUAACAAAUGCUUUUGCAAUAAGCCUGUCUUAGAUCAUUCAGAGCAUCCCUGGGUUGUCACGAGAGCGGGCCUACGGAAGUUAGCAAACCAGCACGUCCAUGCGGAUUCACGCAACCCGGACCUUUUCGGUAUGUAUGUAUAUAAUGACUUUACAGGCUAUGGUGUCGUCGAGGUUGUGCAAAACCUGGUCCUCGAUUUUGUGGAGGCAAGUGGCAACUGGAAAGAGCAGUGGGCAGUCUGCGAGGCAAUGAGUCUCUUCUUGAAUGGCGAUGCGAUAGCACCCAUGACAUCGGUCGAUGACGGGGAUUGUGCAAAUGAUACAUUCUGCCUCAUUGGGGCCAUGUUCCUCACCAUGCUUGCCAAGCUAGAGUCCCAGGGUCUUCUUGGUCCUGACUCUGAAAUCAAAAACCUCGGAAUGGUCAUGGCGUUGUACAUAUGCACCACGUCCGACAUGCGCCAGUACGGUAUUGCCGAAGGAAAUGACGACAAGUCGAACAAGGUCGCAAAUUUCCAUGACGCGGAUGCAAAGAUUUCGGCUUACGCUAAGAAAUACAACAUUCAACUGCGCGGCCCAUCUGAUAUUGACAGUUGUGUUGAUGAUUUGGAUGACGUUAGCCUACCACGUGCUGGAAACGACCCUUGGGGCUGGGGUGCCGUCUUUAAACAAUAUGAGGAACGUUAUGGACAGCAAGGGAAAUCCAAGAUUGGAGGGAACCGCUUUGACAUCACGGCGAUGAGCGCUACGGAACGCAAGUCAAAAAGCUUUGCCAAGAGAGAUCCGCUAGGGAAGGAGGAGCUCAAUGCGAUUAAACAGGGAGGGAUUCUGCAAAUAUCCUAAAACCAUCAAUGAUUACGAAGCAGGCGGAGGGUCAGAUUGACUUGACUUGUACACUUCGGGCUAUCUAGAAUUUAGACUUGUCUUCCCCCUAGCCAUGGAUAGGAGGCUGCGGUCUUCAAUGUAACUUGGCCUCGUUAGUCCGUCCUUUCUACGAAUCCUUCAACACGGCGACGUCAAGUUGAAAUGUUGAGACUUGCCUUGCGAAAAUUUGAAGCUUCAGAUACAUCAUCUAGCUCCUCUAGGGUGCGGCCCUUGGUCUCGGCAAAAAUGAAAUAGACGAAAACAAAUUCAAAGCUGCCCCAAAA